CUAUACAUGUUACUUCUCAGUGGUCCAGUGCCUGUGCUAAAGAUCGCUCUUCUGUGAUUUCAGUGUUAUUGCGGUUGAGCGCGCGAGUGUUGUUACCUAUUGUGAUAAAUACAACAUCACACGUGGAUUGAUACCGGUCGGAAUAGUUGGGAUGAGCUGACGUUUUCAAAAAGUUAAAUCAAAAAAAUUAAAUUCGAAAAGUGCGCAACCAUGGCCGACAAGCAAGAGGCACAGGACAGUUUGGACAACACGCUAAACUUAAAUCGGCACGAGGAAAUCGAACUGCCAUCUUUAACCAGUGUACCGAACUCGGCGAACCAGAUUCAACCGGGCGGCAAAAAAAAUCUGCCCGAAAGAGGCACGUGGGGCAGUAAGCUGGACUUUAUUUUAUCCGUUGUCGGUUUGGCCAUCGGUUUGGGCAACGUAUGGCGGUUUCCCUAUUUGUGCUACAAAAAUGGCGGCGGCGCCUUCUUAGUACCGUACUUCAUCACCCUCAUCUUGGCCGGAAUACCCAUGUUCUUCAUGGAACUCGCUUUAGGGCAAAUGCUGACCAUUGGAGGCCUUGGGGUGUUCAAGAUCGCUCCAAUAUUUAAGGGUAUUGGUUACGCAGCAGCGGUAAUGUCCUGUUGGAUGAAUAUUUACUACAUAGUUAUUUUAGCCUGGGCCAUAUUUUACUUCUUUAUGUCCCUCAGAUCCGACGUUCCAUGGCGAACUUGCCAUAACUACUGGAACACCAAAAACUGCGUGAACCCCUACGACAGAACAGCAUUAAGCUGUUGGGAUAAAUACAACGCCAAUAACACAAUCAGCAAAAUUUGCACGCUUAACGCUAAAAACAUUUCGGUGGCGGAACUAACAGAUCCUGUUAAGGAGUUUUGGGAGCGUAGAGCCCUUCAGAUAUCCGACGGAAUCGAGCACGUCGGAUCGAUACGAUGGGAGUUAGCUGGAACUUUACUGUUGGUUUGGAUCCUCUGUUACUUCUGCAUCUGGAAAGGAGUCAAAUGGACGGGCAAAGUCGUCUACUUCACCGCCCUGUUUCCCUACGUCUUACUUACCGUUCUCCUCAUUCGCGGCGUCACUUUGCCCGGAGCAAUGGAUGGCAUCAAGUUUUACAUUAUGCCGAACAUGUCGAAGCUCAAGGAGUCCCAAGUCUGGAUUGACGCUGUGACGCAAAUUUUCUUCUCCUACGGCUUAGGCUUGGGAACGCUCGUUGCAUUAGGAUCCUACAACAAAUUCACCAACAAUGUUUACAAGGACGCAUUGAUUGUUUGCUCGGUUAAUUCCAGCACCAGCAUGUUCGCAGGCUUCGUUAUAUUCUCGGUUGUAGGAUUUAUGGCGCACGAACAGCAAAAACCUGUUGCGGAAGUCGCUGCUUCAGGACCUGGUCUGGCCUUUUUGGCUUAUCCUUCGGCGGUUCUACAACUGCCCGGCUCGCCUUUAUGGGCCUGUCUAUUCUUUUUCAUGAUACUACUCAUAGGUCUCGACUCGCAGUUCUGCACAAUGGAAGGCUUCGUAACCGCCAUCAUCGACGAGUGGCCCCAUCUACUUAGAAAAAGGAAGGAAAUUUUCAUAGCCAUCGUUUGUGCUCUAUCUUAUCUAGUCGGGCUCUCUUGCAUUUCUCAGGGCGGGAUGUACGUUUUCCAAAUCCUGGACUCUUACGCCGUAUCAGGUUUCUGCUUAUUGUUCUUGAUAUUCUUCGAAUGUAUCGCUAUCUCCUGGGCGUUUGGGGUGAACCGUUUCUACGACGGUAUCAAAGAAAUGAUUGGAUACUAUCCGAUGAAGUGGUGGAAAUUCUGCUGGGUCAUAGCUACUCCCGUUAUAUGUAUUGGUGUCUUCUUCUUUAAUAUCGUACAAUGGACCCCUGUUAAAUAUUUGGACUACGAGUUUCCCCUAUGGGCUCACUUAUUCGGAUGGUUUACUGCUUUGACUUCCAUGUUGUGCAUACCUGGUUACAUGGUAUAUAUCUGGUACAUAACACCUGGAGAUAGGGAAACGAAAAUACGGCUGCUGGUGAGAAUUGAUGAUGACGUGAAGACAUUGAGAAAUAAGAUGAUCGCUGAUGGAACAAUAGCACAAUCAGCGACAGUAUAAACUGUAUAUUAGCUAUGUUUGUGUAAAAUCAGGUCUUCCUAAAAUUCGUUGUUAGUGUUCAAGAAACAAAUCAUAAGUUAAAUAAAUACUAUUUAAUAAUUUGUUCAUUUACGGCCACCAACUAUUUUGGUCUAGCAAAUAAAAUAUCAUUACCAAGCAUAUAAUAAAAAAAUAUUAGUAUUAUGUAAGGCAGCAAACUUAGUUGUUUAAUUAUUUAAUAGUAGAACCAAGCAGACAGACAUAAGUUUGAGACAAUAUAUUGCUAGGCGAAAACGGUGUAGUACGUUGACUUUGAAUGAAUGAUACAGCUGUAUGUCUCUUUGAAUGUUUUGUAAACUGAUCGCUUUAAAGAUAUUUAUUGAUAAAAAGUGUCCAACACUUUGUAAGAUAAAUUAAAAAGUGUUGUCUAUACAAAGUUAAUAAUUUUAUGGCAUAUUAAUAUGAGAUUCUAUUUAUUAUUGAUUCAAGUUUUUUGAGAAUAUUUUUUAUCGUGCUCUUUUUGUAAAUUAUUUUUAUUAUAUUUGUAGUCGUUCUUAAGUUAUAAUUAGCUGGUUUUGCGGUGCUUAUCCCGAACUAGUUUGGACAUCAUGGGCAUGCGCAUUUUAAGAUUUGUCAUGCGCACUUUAGGUUAAAAUUUAAACUGCGCAUGCGUAGGAUGUCCGGAACUGGUUAGCUCUGCGAAAACAGCUAUCACUUUCGUUAGAGACUAAUCUUAAGAUAUCGAAGAAAUAUUUUCAUUAAUUUUUGCAUACUUAUAUCCAUUAGUAUAUUUACUGUGUUCAUAAAAUUAAUAACCAUGUGUUAGUUGAUCUUUGUUAAUAAUUAGGUUAUAUCAUGUAUAUCAGUGUUAGCUAGCUUCAUAAUUCAUUAUUUUUAAUUUAUUAUUUUUCAAAAUUAGAUCUAGCCGAUAGUUAAACGUUUAACAUAACUUAUACUGUAAAUUACCUAUGCCUUUUUAUUGAAUAAAUAUGUAGCUUCUUACUAAUGCCUACGAAAACUGCGUUUUAGAACUAUUUUUGUAUA